AUGUUCUUCGUCACGAUGCAGGCUUCCUUCCCGAUUAGGAAGUCGCAGUCCGGCACGCACCUUCCCUGCCGGUGCCUGUACGCCCGUCUACGAAAGGCCCUGCCCCUCCUCCUUCGUUCCCUCGUCUUCUUUUCUGUCUCUCCUCGUUUCUCUUCUUCCCCUCCUCCCCUGCUAAUCAACUGUUCACCUUCCAUCCACAGGUCGUUCUACCAUCGUUUCUCUUACUGCCUCUACUUCAAACUCAUCACAAUAUGCUACCUGGGCUUACUGGUGGGCACGACGGAUGCCUUGCCUAGCAUGGGUCCAUCAGAGCUCCUCUGGCGGCACCUGUGUGAAGGGAUCGUGCCUACCACCUCCUUUCUGAGCAUCAGCCGCAUCGUGGACAGGCCCAGCUGGCUAAAAACAGCCGUUCACACGCAGGCCAGCUCCCACAAGGGAAAUGCUCUGUGCUUUUCCACUUAUACUCCUCUCUCUUUCCACUUCACCUUCCACAACUCAUUGUCCACCUGCUGCCUGGCACCGCGGGCAGGUCUAGCAAGUGACAGAGCUUGCUGGUUAAAAACAAUCGUCCGCGCUGCAGGCUGCAUAUACCACAACAACCACCACCACACAACAACAAACAACAAACAACCACACAACAAAACAACCACACAACAAAACAACCACACAACAAAACAACCACACAACAACAACAACAACCACACAACAACCAUAUACGACAACAGCAGAAAGGGGGUACAUGGUAGCCGCAUCGUGGCAGGCCCAGUAAGCGACAGAGUUUGCUGGCUAAAAACACUGGUCACACUGCGGUGAAGCGAGGGUUGGAUAUGGGAGAGGGACGUCUUGGGAGAGUUGGAACUUGGUCAUGUAUAUAGCUUUACUGUCUAUAGAUUUCCUUUGUCAUGCAUGUAUCGGCAGUUCUGUACAUCCUGGUCAAGGUUUUCGCCACUGGUUUUCCCUUGGCUGUCACCCAAAUGGGGGGAUAAACAAUCAAACCAAUUAUC